UACAUUAUGUGACUGUUUUGAAUUCAGAAAUAAAUUGUAGUACUGGUAACCCUAGAAAAAUAUGCAAUUCUGUGAGCAUAAUGGGGUGUUACCCUAUUCUGUAUUUGGUCUCUGUGUGCAUGUUUGUCUUUGUGUAACCUCACCCACAUUACAAUAUAUGUAAAUUUGAAGCCUUUUUAACAGCACAUAUAGAAUCCAGAUCCUGGCUGCUAAAAACAACCAUCUCCAGGAUGAUUUAUUUCUUUUAAAAAUAGGAUUUUAGUUCUGAAGUGAAUCAUGUCGGUUUGUUUCUUUGUGCCGCAUGCUAUGUGAAUUGUACUUGGUUGUGUACACAAAGUAAGCAAAGUUGCGUAUCUCUGAGAUAGCCCAAGAGGACAGCCUUUGGGUGGGGACCUUGCUGUUACAGCCCAGUGUCACAGGGAACUGCCAUUUCAGAUUUUCUUGUAUGGACAGGACACACAAAGUGCUAGAGAAGCCAUUCGAGGUCCCACAAAAAAACAGAACUAUCUGCUUAUACAGUGCCGUUUUAGAAGAAUAGCCUCUGACCAAGAAUAAAAAUUGUUGUUGGAAUAAUAUGCGAACAGAUCAUGAAGAACUCUGUGGCACCAGUUAUGGAUCUUUUUGUCUAAAUGGAGGGAUUUGUUAUAUGAUUCCUACUGUAUCCAGUCCAUUCUGCAGGUGUAUUGAGAAUUACACAGGAGCCCGUUGUGAGGAAGUGUUGCUGCCUAGCAUCAAGUCCCAAACGAAAGGUGACCUGUUUGGAGCUUUCUUGGCUUCACUACUACUUCUAGGAGUUCUUGUAAUUGGAGCAUUCUACUUCCUUUGCAGGAAAGCUUCCGUUCCAAGGACAAGUUCUUCAGAGUGUGGUGCCAUCCUGGUUGAGACUACAACCAGCAAUGGCUGCAACAAAACAAUAACAGAGUAAAGUAUUAGAGUGGAAAAAUGGUGGGAAAACAACAUGCAGAGCAACCCUAAGAAUACAGUAAUUAUAGAAGAUGACGUGGUAAGCAAGAUGAGAGAAGGAAGUAAACUGAAAUAGGAGGCUUGCUUACGUGUUGAAGACUGCAACUAAGGCAUAAAGAGAAACAGUUGCGCUUCUUCGUGUUUCUAUGUAUUUUUAAAGGUGUAUCAAAUCAUACAGAAAUCACUGUAAUCACUAUAAUUUGUUUGAAUUUUGUGAGAUUUUUCAUGACAAGUUACUGUUUUCAGUAAUGCACAGGUAGAAGCAUGAGAUAAUUUCAGUUUUUACUGCAUGGGAAAUAGGAAAUAAUCUUUUUUUCACUGCACACAAAAUAUGAGAUAAUCAGAGGGGUUUUAGCAUGAGGUAAUACUAUGAAUUUUUUAUAGGAUUUUCCUUUUAACAAGAUUGCCCCAGAGGAGUUGAGGACUAUCUUGAUUAAAUAGUUUCAAAAUUUAUACCUGUGAUACAUGUCCAGAAUUUGCCUUGUUUCAGAUACACGUACCAGAUGUAAGGGGGCGGAAGGUACCUUUCUCCAGUUAAUACUGAUUUUUUUUUUUAAUAGUAAGACAACAUGAGGAUGAGGUACCAGUGCUAGUGUAUUGGCCAAAUUCCUGGUACAGUAUUUUAAUUCAAACAAAAAGAAAAUAUUAAGAGAUUGGUGAUGGUUAGAAGUUUACUAGGCAGAGUAUUUACCCUUUGUUUGGUAUAUGUCCCUAAUAUUAAGCAAGACACCUUCCUCAAUGGUUUUAUUUUUGUCUUGCCUUCAUCUGAAAAUCUCACUACUGAGAGAGAUUUAAAUCUUACCUUAAAUUUUCCAGUUGAUAUUUCAGAUACUAGAAGUCAGGAAUUUUAUUCAGCAGUUCCCUUCCUGACGCAAAAUAUUAUCCAACCAGGUGUCUUGGCUGAAAAAGUGCUGCCCUCUCUUAAGAUUUAUUUGUUUUAUUCACAUAACCAUUUGUUAAUCACACCAGUAUAUUAUAUAUCACUAACUGGUUCCUCACAGGAUUCUCUUUCUCAGACAAAGAGAGGCCAAAUGACAUGGUCUGUCUCUCUUUCUGUCUUGACAACACAAAGAGCCUGUCUGGUUAGUCAGAGACAUAGAAAAUGUGAACAGAACAAUUUUAUUUUCAGCAAAUCUCUAGCCCUGGAGGUUGAAACCAGCAAAACUCAGAUAUGUUUCCAUGAUGGCACAUUACCUAGCAGCUCACUAUGCAGGAUUUAUAAGGUUGUAUUGAAGAGAAAGUUAAUUGAGAAAACUUCAGGAAUUGAAAGGGUAGAAAAUGCAGAACGCAGAUUUCUUAUCUCUGAAAUAAAAAAUCUUGAGGUGUAUAAAAAUAUAGGUGCAAAGAGAAUGUUGAAUAAGCUUCUAUUCCUAGGGUGUCUACUACGCACUCUAGUGUCAGAAAAAAUAGUGUGUAUUUUAUAUCAAUGUAGACAAAAGUACAGCAAGACAGAGAAGGAAAUACAUGCUGUUACAAUGUAUAAAGUAAGAGGUCAAAGAGAAAACCGUAUUAUAAUAGCUACUAGAAAACAAAACAGAAAAAUACAUUACCUUCUAAGGACUCAUGUCAGCGAAGUUAGAGUCCAAUUUAAAGCUCAGCAUCUGAAGGGAGAAUCCGAGGGCACCAAAUCAAGUGGAGGACCUGAUCCAGAGAAGCUCCUGAUCAAGUUACAUAAAGCACUAAAAGAUCACUUUCUUCCCACAUUAACUGAUCUUAUAUGUUAUUUUCUGGACUUCAAACCUUUAGCAGAUACUCUGAAGGAAGGCGAUGACAUUAUUUUAAAGGCUAGGAAAAAUAAAGGUGAUUUCACGUCACACAGGGACGUGCCACUGUUAAAUACAGAGUUUAUGAGAUCUGUAUCAGUACUGACAGCUACGUUAGAAUCAUUAUUACCUAAAGUACUUUGCAUAGCCUCAGUGAAAAUCAGUCAGAGACGACUGCUGUUAGAUAACUUCCACAUGUUAUUGCUCGUGAGACAUUCAGACUUAAUAAUGUUGACAUUUGGUAUGCUAGUUUCAUUGAAGGAGGAAAAGGCUUACAGUCACCUUAACUGGAAAUUCAGGGAAGAAAUAGUAAGAGAAGAUGCAAGAAAUAAAUGGACUGAAGUUGUACUCUAUAAACUCUUAGAACAGCUUUCUAGACAGACGUGGAACAAUCAUUCACUGUUACCAAUCUUGUUUGCAUUAUUUGGGAAACACUUUGUACGAAAAGUGAGGAUGAAUAAAACAAAACUAUGUUUAAAUGCAAACAAGUUGAUUUAUGAAACAAUGUUACCUUUGAAUGAAAUCCUAUUAGCGAUUCAGACUGCUUCAAACCCACUGCAUCUGAGAACAUUUCAGCUUCUAAAAAGAAUUAUUUCAAUUCACAAACUUUGUGACACUGACAUUCAGGUCAAAAUGAGAUCAGGCUACAAAUUAAUUUUAAAGUGGUCAAAUGCCACAGAAAGUACAGGGUAGCCGACAUUAGCUAUAAUAAAAUAGUACAACACACACUAGCAAUGCUUGCUUACAAAAUUAAGCAAGUAGUCCCGUGAGCAAUAAAGCUAAGGAAACACCCGUUCCAAUGGAUCAAAUCUUGCUGUUGGAGUCACUGGAGUCUAAAAAAGCAUUACGUGUAUAUGCAGGGAUAAGUAACAAGGUCUCUCUUCUCUGCUUGACUCCUGUUCUCAUGAAACAUAAAGGCUUAUGUCUUUGAGAUUACCCCUCCACCAGCUGAAAGGUUAUGCAGGGAAGAAAAGAGGAAAAGACUAAUUUCUUAGGAACCUCCACUAAUAUGAUUACACAACAAUUUAUUAUAGUGUUAUGGCAAAAAUUCUUUUAUACCUGAGGAUCAUGUUUUCCUUCCAGAAUCGUUUCUUUCCAAUAAAGGUCUCUUCAUAAUAUGUUGCAAAACCCGUUUGAUCACGUGCAGAACAAAAUGCCAGCUAUUAGCAGGAAUCUCUUUGUAGCCCUAAUUAAGAGGUUGCUUGAUGUUACUCAGUAUAUAAUUUUUUCUUCCAUUAGUAGCCCAAACACUGGGGCAAAGUACAAUGAAAGGAGAAGGAGAAAUGGCUGUUCAGAGAAAACAAGAGGAUUUCUCUGUGCUGCAUUGUCUUUUUAUUUAUAUUGUUAAAUAUUAAGCAGGAAGUUGACCAAGGGGAAGUCCAUCUGGUAGCACUUCCCGUUUUAAAAGGUACCUUCAGUGUUGUGCCACCCCUUCGCAAUUUACUGCACUAGAAAAAAUAUUUUCCUCCUGGCCCUGCAUUUUUAAAGAGCAGCAGAGGGACUCCGAUAGUAUGACUCACUUAUUUGAAAAUGGAAAGCAGAGAAGAAAUGGGGGAGCAAACUUACCACAACAGAAAUGGUCUCUCUGCCAUUGCUUUGUUAGGAGCUACUGAACUGACUGGAGUCCAGGCAGAAGGGGAAAGCAGUGACCUUACCUAAAAGGCUAAAAAUUCCUGUUACAUCUUCAGCAGAUUAUCUGUCAGGAGAUGUGUACCUAGAAAGGACUUCCCAAGGAGAGGGAGGGCUUUAGCCAAAGGUGGUUAUGGAUUUAACAUGGGACAUCCAACUCUUCUACAUGAAAAACCAAACCAAACCCCUCAAUUAUGUUCCUCUGGCAGUUAGCAGCCUUUCAGAUGAAAAGGACAUCAAACUAUUUCCAGUAAAAACUGAAAAGAAUAUGGAUUAGUUUGGAUAAGAGUUUUCACUUGCAUUAUGACCAUAUUCAAACCCAGAUAUAUUAUCGAAGACUUAUCUGUAUAAGUUAGGGAAAAAACUAGAACUAAAUUGUGUUAGGAUUCUCUGGCAGUUAUUUAGAUUACCAGGAUGCGUAUGUUCACUGUACCUCUCUCAGAUAUAAUGCCUUCUGCUGACAUCUAUGUAUUUAAAUGAAGAGAUGUAAUAUGCCUAUAUCUCAGAUUAUAUGGAAUAAUCAAAAGAAUCCAGAUAUAAAUUAUUGGCUUUUUGUGGUUAAGAUUAGUGAAAAAUGUGCUUCUUUCAAGAAAGUACUGCAGCAUUUCCUGCGCUUUGGGGGAAAACAAGCAAACAAGAAAACCCAAACAUGUACAUGCCUAAAGAUGUUUUUAAAAAUCCAAAAAUUUUUUCAUUAUUUUAUGUAACAUUACUUGCUUGUGCUCAUCGAAAAAUCUGUUCUUGAUUUUCUUGUGAUUGUAACCUGUUCAACAUAGUCUGUGUGUAACGUGAGAAAGCAAUUUCUUGAUAGUGAAGUACCAAAUGCAAAUUUUGUGAAAUACCGACAGGCAGGCUGGCACUCAGUUCCGUCUUUGGGACUGAUACGCCACAAAACCUUUUACCAGGAAUUAUUUCUAUAGCUAGCUAAGGGAGUGUAACAAAACCUGCAGCUCUAGAACCUGAACUAACAAGACGACAUUCCUGUUUUCAUCCCCAAAAUUAAAACCAUAACCAAUUUCUAACACUCCUAAACAUACCACUAUGUCAGUUCAUGUAACAUUUGAACAUUCUUGUUCAGUUAAGAGACUGUUUUCAGAUUAUCCUCUUGAUAGAAGUAAUAUUUUGACUGCAACUUUUGUACAGGCAAAUGAUGGGCUGUAAAAAUGUAGCUGAGCAUCAAAUGGUGGCAUUUUUAACAGGGCUCUGUAAUUUGAACCUAUGUGGUAUGUUCUCCAUCCCAGAACUUGCUGCUGUUUCAAACUAUUCAGUCAUGUUCAGCAGUUCUGGAGACUCUAGGAGAGUUCCCAUUUUGAGGGAAUUAGUGCUUGCUCUCACUGUUGCCAUACUGACAACUCAGCUAUGACAAGCUUCUUUUAAAAAAGCUGUUUUUAACUGUUAAAGCUGUGAAAAUUUAUCUUGAAAAGGUGACAUGACUGCCACUGAUUCAGUGAUAUGAAUCACUCUGAAACAUUUAUUUUGAGAAGUUUGUGCUACCUGCUAAUCUCAGUGAGGUUCUAGCUGUGAAAUAUAAUGAUGGCAAUUUAUAAACUGUUUCUAAAAACAUUUAGAAGCACAAAUCUCACUGUUUUGGAAAUAAAAUUUUCUCUCCUAAAUUAUUAAAGCACUUGAAAAAAAUUCCAAUUAGCUAUUUUAUUUCUCUGCUGAUAAUUCUAACAUAAGUACCAGGUAAUAUAAUUUCCAAAUAAUUCAAACCUAUCUUAUAUCUCCUUUGAAAAAAAGUUUCCAGUUUUUCACCGUAGCUAUGUUGUCUGUUUAGAACAAUACCCCACGUUGUUACGAACUGCUGGUAGGCACAGAAUAAUCAGCACAAGUGUCCUACAAUGUUUGAACUCUUAUUUGUUGGACCUAAAACUGUGGUACAAGACCGAGGCACACCGCCACCACCACCACAAGUGAGCUCAGUUUACCUCACUGCACAUCUCUGAGCCUGUAGUUCAGGAGACACUGAUAGGCAGAACACUCUCAAUGCUCGUCCAGAGCCCCUCGGAAACGACAGCCUCGUCUGGAGCCUGUGCCUGGCUGAGAAAUGGGCUUAGGAACAGGAAAAAUUUCAAGUAAGAAAUUUGAUAAUCAGAGUCUAACAUUUAUCUUAUCUGCUUCAUGUACGCAAAAUAAAACUGGUGUAUUAAGAUAGAAUGUAUUUUAGAGAUCCACCACAGACUUACACAGUCAAGAAAAGAAAAAAAGAAGAAAAAAAAAUCUUCCCCCCAAUAUAAUAAUGAAAACCAACCAGACAGCAGGGGAAACAAUUAUUUUCUUAAUGUUUGCAGAGUGCUCAGAGAUUAUAAUAUAAAAGACUUUAAAUUUACCUGUUUACUAUCUUUGUAACUUCUAACUAUGCAAACUUCCAGACCUCAAACUUUACUUUCCUGUACCAUUCCAUUGAGUAAAACAGAAGUGGGCAUCUGAAUGGCAAAGGUUUUUUAACUUGUUCUCUCAUUUGCCCAGACACUAAGAGUUCAGAAAACUUAGGUCAAUACCAGAGUUAGUGUCUUGUAAGAAAGGUAAUGAACACCACUGCAGAGUUACUUCUAGUAGAAAGAAGUUCUCCAUUUUUAGAAAGACAAACUAGGAGGGGGACAGUGACACCACGUAAAUUUUGAGGUAGCCUUUUAACUGAGAAUUAAGAACCAUAUGUAACCACUUGUUUCUCCCAAAUUUAGUCUGAGGUUUAACAUUCUUAUCAGCCUUCUCUGCUGCACACCGUAAGUCAAAGUUUGGCUGUAUCUUGGUUUAUGUAUCUUGGUUUAUCCUGCGAAGGGGGCAUGAUUCUGUCUCAUUCAUCUGUUAAAAUAAGGCUUGUUCCAAUAUUAACUUGGGCUGAAACAAAUCUGGCACAGAGUAACAAAACCCAAGUCCACUAUCUUUGCAGUUGUCUGCAGUUUUUAAUGGAAAUUGCUUUCUGGCAGUACAGUUGUGACAAUUUAGCAUAACUUGGCUCCUCUUUACCAAAUUUUUCUUGCUUUUGUACAACUGCAUGUUAUAGGAACAUCCUAUCAUGAGGGGAUUUUUGGAUUAGUAAUUUUGAAAUCAAAAUUGUAGUUACAGCUUUGUGUUUGGUAAUUGCUGUUUUGGUUGUGCAAGUACGAGGUUAUACAUCACACAGCUUGCCUGUUA